AUGGUGCUGUCAAAAUUCAAGGCAACCCUCCUGAAGUUUGAUGUGGCCUAUCCAUAUGGAGAAAAACAUGAGGAGUUCGCCAAAGUGGCUGAAGCAGCCCGAGACAUCCCAGAUCUCCUGAUUGCUGAGGUCAAUGUGAAGGACUAUGGAGACAAGGACAACGAGGACCUGGCCCAGCGGUUCAAUGUCGACGCCAAGAACUUCCCCGUGGCCAAGCUGUUCAUCGGGGACCAGGACCCGAUCCCCUACGAAGGGGAGUGGAAGUCGUCCGAACUGAUGCGGUUUCUCUCCACCAAGUCCGGGAUCUGGAUGUCCUUGCCAGGGUGCCUUGAGCAGUUUGACCGGCUCGCGAUGCAGUUCAUGUCCGAGACAUCCGAGGAUGCACGCCGGAAGAUCUUGCGGGAGGCCGAGGACGAGUGGGACAAGGUGAAGGGCAAGACCCAGCAGGUUGCAGCCGAGACCUAUGUCAAGAUCAUGCGUAAGGCCAUCGAGAAGGGCGACUCCUUCGUUCCCGGAGAAGUCGAUAGGAUCGAGAAGCUUGUCAAAGAUAAAAUCAAUAAGGAGAAGAAGGAGGAGAUGCAGAAUCGCCUCAACAUCCUUAACUCCUUCAAGAAAUCACCACGUGAUGAACUUUAACAUCUUACAACCCCCCAACAAUAACAUGCAAAAAAGUGCACUUAAGUUCUUCUCACAAUAAUACUUUAUCUUCAUAGAAAGAUGACCACAUGCACUGCAUCGACUCGUGCAUAGAAGGCUACUACUGUGAUGGGCUGGGUCAAGGGUACGUUAAGUUAGUGGGGGUCCUUCUGCUUGAUGUCCAUUAUCGUCUCGUCCUCGUGUCACUCAGCAUUGACAUGGAUGCAAAUGAUAGCCAGAUACAUUACCAUCGUUUGUCUUAUGGGAGAUUAGAAUCACUUACUUCGUUUCCCAGUGUUCAGGAUCUCAGUUCUUCCAGGUGCGCCAUUCCAUCGUCUCUCUGGGGCAUUCUCUCGUUUUGUUUUUUUGUUGACAAUAAAUUUUGGUUGCCGGUCUGAAAGCGCUUUAACGGGAAAGGGGGACGAGCUCGUCCGCAGAUGCGUCUCGUUCGUUCGUUCGUUCCGAAUCUGUUCUUAUUUUCUCAUUAUGUCGUUAGGGUCGUGCUUGGUUUUGAUAUUUUUGGUCCUAGCAUGUAUAUUUUUUCCUAGUCUGUGAAAUCAUGUCAAGUGGU